AUGGCCCAGGACAUCCCCAAGUCGCCAUCUGCUUCUCCAUUCGCUUCUCCAUGGCUGAGAAGAAGCUCAUUCUUAUCCCCCACCAUGAUUCAAAGCGAAGACAUUUCCAUCUAUGAAACCCCCAAUUUCAUGGGGGGAGGAAACCACAGCAUUAUAUCUCUCAAGGAGGCACAAGGGUUCAUUUUCAACCAGGAUUUGUUUGCCUCUCCAUACCAGCAGCUGCAGGCGGCCGCUAGAGAACGACGACUCCGGGCUGCUAGUUUUAGCGACCAAAAACGUUCAACUAAAACAAAUUCACUGCAGCAGCAAGGUAUGGAUCCGCGGAGAAGACACACAUCGUACGAUAGUUGUCGACCGGUUUUUGUUACUAGUUACAGUAGAAUGGACCACAACGAAAACGACGAUGAAGAUGACGAUGUUUUCAUGGAUACGGUUGAAGAUGAAAGCGACGAAGACUCUGACGAGAAUCUAGACGAGUACGACGAAGUGGAAGACGAUGGCCAUUACGGGGGCUCUUCAGGCCAAAGAUACAAGGUUCAUGUGACGGAGAUUGUGGUGGAUAACGAUAACAGUAUAUUUCCAGAUUAG